AUGAUUGGGAGAGAUAGGGCCCACGCCUGCCAGAGGUUACUUCGACACCCAUGGAAAGCGGAGACUGCAAUCAAAACUUUGAUGGAGGAGACCGUGCUGGGGAAGAAUUCCGUGUGCCAGAAGAUUUGGAACAGUACCACGUAUUCUGCUUGGUUUGCGGACUCGGUUUCCGGCAGCGAAUUUUCGAGAGGCCAAACAUUGCCAGCAGCUAAGCAUCGCUUUUGCUUUUUGAGCAAGCCUUUGGGACGCUUCAUCCUUCACCUGGACGCAGUAGCAGAGACACUAUACAAAAUCGCUGCCAUGAAAGGAACUGAGGCAGCACAGUGGGCAACAGACUGGAUGGAUGGCUGCACCUCCACCAGUGUCCUAACUUUGGCCAUGCGUGCGGACAUCGGAGCUGCCGCGGUGGAUUUAACACGAUUCUUCGACUCUGAAGAGAUGGACAUAGCAGAGAUCAAUUCCGAAGUGGCUGUUUUUAUGCAGAGUUUGCAGGUUUUGUUUGCUGACGAGCAAUGCUGGAACUUGCAUGACUACACGAAGCAUUGUGCUGAAGUGCUGCACAAUGGGAAACUUCUUUUCUUCUACAAUGGUGUGGCUAAGCGGCUCGGAGGGAGCAAUUUGGAAAGUGCCAAGAGGGCUGCCUUGCAGCACAUGCGGAAAGUGAUCAAAGUACGUGAAGACGCUGUGAGAUCAGAGUUCCCAAGUUUUGAUGGCAUGAUGGUGUUUAGUGUUUUUAACUUGAAGGAAGAUGUUGGCUGCCCCACGUCAUCCAUGCUGCAAGACAUGAUUCCAGGAAAAAAACAUUAUCCCAAAACAUGCGACAGCUUGGAAAGGCUUUCACUCAUUUUCCAAGUUUCCAGAGACAAGUUGAUUGCUGAAUAUGAAUACCUACAUAGAGUCGCCAGUGCUCACAUGAAGUCCGCUGGGGUUUCAACAGAGAGUCUUGGCAAUGGGCCUGGCGCAAAUGCAGCAGCAGGAAAGACAUGA